GGUGGGGAUGGGGUGGGGGGAAAGCAAAGCAGGAUGUGGCGACUUUAGGGGAGGAGCCUGAGGAAGAACCCACUGCAGCAGUAACAGCUGUGGGUUGUGAGAAGUAAAGGCACGUGACAAGCGUUCUGGCCAAGCAGAGACGGCACAAAAGCCCUGAGGAGUCGCCGAUUUUUGAGGAGGCCCCAUGGCGAGCAGAUGAACAAGGAUGAGAAAAUUGGGGUGAGGUCAGAAGCGUGCGCCGGGGGCCUGUCAUGUGGGGGCUGGUAGCCCUGGGAAGAAAUCGGAAUUUUAUUCUAGACCCCGUGGGAUGGGCAUAGGAAUGACAUGCUCCUGUUUUCAUUUAUAAAAACAAAACAAAAUAACAGAACCGUGUCGCUGUGCUGAGAAUAGAUUUAGGAGUGAAGGUGGAAAUAAGGAAUUAAGAGGCUGUCGUCCUUGGCUAGUUGAGGCUGAUGGUGGCCUGGACCAAUGUGGAACUGGUGAGGGUGGAGAAAAAUGGAAGAACAGGAAAUGGGAUUUUGGAGGCAAAGCCCAUGGUGGUGGCGAACUGGAUGUAACAGAGGAGGGAAAGAAAAACCGAGGAGAGAGAAGAGAAAAACUCUUUUAACUGUGUGAAGUUGGGUGGUGCCGCUAUGUGUUGCCUGGAAAGGGGUCACUGGGGGAAGGGAUCAGGUGGGAGGGGUCAAGCAUCCUCCUCGGGCCAUGACAAGUUAAGAGAGGCCUGUGAGAAAUCCAAGCUGGGGUAUCAGGUAGCCAGUUGGAUAUGUGAGACUGGAGCCUGGGGGAGAGGUCAUGCUUGGAAAUAUAAGUUUUGGAAAUGUCCGCAUAUAGGAGACAGCGUAUUUAAAGCCUCAGGACUGGAUGAGGUGACCUAGGAGAUGAGUGUGGAUGACAGAGAAAGAACCCGGCCAGAGACUCGGGGCCAUCUGCAUGGUGGGGGGCGGGGAGGAAGAUGUAGUUGAGGGGGCAAGGAGUGACCAUGAAGUAGGCAGAGAGCAGUGCUGAGAACCAGAAAAGGAUCCGUGGAGCAAAGAUAACGUGACCCUGACUCGAGGUCAUCGCCGUGCAGUGGUAGGGACUGGAGUUUUGCCUGAGUGAGUGGAAGGCAGAGAUUGUGGGAGGGGAGGUGGAGGGAAAGGGAGGCCAAGCCAUCCUUUUGGUAUGAAAGUGACAAGAACUUUGCCACCAAAGAAAGUUCAUACCCUUUCUGUGAAAGGAGAGAAAGGAAGGCUGGCAGACAGGGAGAUGGAAGAAAGAAAAAUAACUCCCGAAAGGAGAGAGCCAUUACAGCAGGCAAGACUGAGAAGGAUGGGGAGGCCCAGGGCCGGGAGGGGAAGAUGGAUUCAGGAGGCAGGGCAGAGGCACUGCAGGAAGGUGUCUGAUUUCUCAGAAUGGAGACGCUGGUGGAUGUCACCCAGCCCAACUCCCAUCUCACGUUGCUGCCAGCACCAGGCACUUUCUCCGAUUCCCCUCUGAGUCCUGCCAAGGCCUGGGAAUACCCGGUGAGGUGAAGGAAAGAACAGGUGUCACUCAUUCAUUUAAGAAACAGUCCCUGAGGCCUUCCAGGCACCAGGCCUUGCAAUCUCAGAGCUGGGAACUCAGAUCUGAAGACAGGCAGCGCGGCCAAUCGGAGUGCAGAGGGAGGUGUGCUCUGAAGGGGGGCCCUUCCCUAGCUCGGGAGGCGAUGUCUGUGUGUCACCAUCUCCCUUCAUCCGUCCAUCCAUUUGCUCAUUCGUUCAUUCACGCAGAUCACCCAUGCACACUUCCUAAGGCCUCCUGUGUAACAUUUUGGGCUGGGUGGUGCUGAGGCCAAUGAGAUGGUUCUCUUGCACCCGAGCCCUGCCAGAGGCUUAUGGGAGAGCCAGACACAGCUGUACACAAUCGCAAUCACAUCCCAGGGCCAUGCAGGCUCCAACGGAAGCAGCACAGGGCGCCCGGUGGACAGAGAAGGUUAGGAUGCACCGGGCCGGCUGGAGCCGUCAACCAUGGGCAGAGGAGUUGGUGAAAGGAGCCCGCCUCAGCUCUGCCUCUUUCGCACCUGGGCCCUAUCGCCCGCGACGAGGAUGAUGAUGUGGUCCAACUUCUUCAUGCACGAGGAGGACCGCCGGCGGCGAGCUCACGGGGCGCGCAAGGCCAGGAUGACCCCUGAGCACGAGGGGAAGAUUAAGCUGGCGCUGCUGCUGACCUCCGUGGGUGCCACGCUGGCAGUGCUGGCCGUGGGCACCGAGUUCUGGGUGGAACUCCACACCUACAGGGACAACGGCAGUGCCGUCUGUGAUGCUGCCCACCUGGGGCUCUGGAAGAUGUGCACCAAGCGACUGUGGCAGGCGGACGUGCCCGCCGGCAGGGACACCUGCGGCCCAGCGGAGCUGCCCGGAGAAGCAAACUGCACUUAUUUUAAAUUCUUCACCACGGGAGAGGAUGCUCACAUCUUCCAGAGAACCACAAAGAAAGAGGUAAAUAUGGCAGCUGCGGUGAUAGCAGUGCUAGGCAUGGCAGUCAUGGCCCUGGGGUGCCUCUGUGUCAUCAUGGUGCUCAGCAAAGGGGCAGAGUUCCUGCUCCGGGUUGCAGCCAUCUGCUUUGGCCUCUCAGGCCUGCUGCUUCUGGUCAGCCUGGAGGUGUUCCGCCAUUCCGUGCAAGCCUUGCUGCAGAGAGUUAGCCCUGAGCCUCCCCCGUCCCCGGCCCUGACCUAUGAAUACUCCUGGUCUCUGGGCUGUGGCGUGGGGGCCGGCUUGGUCCUGAUCCUGGGGAGUGGCUUCUUUUUCCUGCUCACCCUGCCUCCCUGGCCCUGGGGCUCCCUCUGUCCCAAGUGGGGGCACAGGGCCACCUAGGGUCACCGUUGUGCUUUCUCUAAGCAACUCCCAAACCCUUCGCCUUUCUCCAUUGUGCCCCUCAGAAUCUUUUGCCCCAUGUCCUAGAGAAACUGUGUUCUCCCUGCUCUGGGGGCCCAUGCUGUUUGCACAGAACUGCCCCUCACGCCCUCAUCUUUUUUCUCUGUAAAUAUGUUUUUCUCGGGGGCUGAAUUUGGGUUGCUUAGGAGUGGGACGGGGAGAGGAUUUUUGCAAACGAGGAUCCCCAGGGAAGGCUGGUGGGGACCUGAUGGGGUAACUAGGGAGUGGGGGGGUGAGGUCAGGGGGUCUUGGGAGGGAGUUGGAUCUAUUUGUUCCACAGAUUUGGAUGUAUUUGCUUGUGGGAGAGACUUCCUCCAGGGAAACAGGGGAAUGGGGGAGGAGAGAAUCUCUGGGUCUGACCUCACUGUGGCCUGAUUUGGGAUUAAAGGUUUGGAAAUUUAACAACUUUGA